AUGAAGGCAUCUCUGUUCCUGGCAUCCGCCCUGGCGGCUACCGGUCUGGCCGCGCCCUCAACGAGCCCAAGUAUGGCUAAGAGACAGUUCGUUGUCACCAGCAGUGAGCUUUCCAAGCUCUCCUACUGGGCUGAGCAAGCUGCCACCAGCUAUUGCAACAGCAACAACGCUGCUGGCGAUUUGAUCGCUUGCUCCAACAACGUUUGCCCUACCCUAGUCAGCAACAAGGCCGUGACUGUUGCCUCUUUCGCCGGUACCGCCACUGAUAUUCGCGGCCUGGUCUCGGUGGACCCUGUCAAGAAGGUCAUCACUGUUUCCUUCAGAGGAUCCUCUUCAGUCCGCAACUGGAUUACCGACGUCGUUUUCGUCAAGUCAUCCUGCGAUGAACUUGUGAGCGGCUGCCUCAUCCACACCGGGUUCUACACGGCCUGGAGGGAGGUUGCGACCAAGGUCACCGCGGCCGUCCAGUCCGCCAAGGCCGCCUACCCCAGCUACAGCAUCGGUAUCACCGGCCACUCGCUCGGCGGUGCCGUCGCCACCGUCGCAGCCGCUUACCUCCGCAAGGCCGGCUACACUGCCGACCUCUACACCUUCGGCUCGCCCCGCGUCGGCAACGAGGCCUUCGCCGCCUUCACCACCACCCAGUCAGGCGACGAGUACCGCGUCACCCACGAAAAUGACCCCGUGCCCCGUCUCCCUCCCAUCAGUUUCAACUACCGCCACACCUCGCCCGAGUGGUGGAUCCAGGCCGCUGUGCCCACCACCAGCCAGGUCAAGAUUUGCCCCGGCUAUGCCAGCAUCGACUGCAACGCCGGUACCCUCGGCUUGAAACGCGAUGACCACCUUCACUACUUCGAGGACAUUGCCGAUUGCUCGUCUGGUGGCUUCAACUGGAAGAGGGCUGAAUCCAACGUCGCAACUAGCGACGUGAGUGACGAGGAGCUCGAGUCUCGCUUGAACCAGUGGGUUGUCGAGGAUGUAAAUUUUGUCAAUAGCAACGACCUUAAUUAGGAGCAUCAAGGGUUGCAAUGUGAGAACAAUAAAAAAGUAAAAUAAGGCAUGAUUUGUGAAUACAAGUUUGGAAGAUAGCUUUGUGAAUAGUAGCAAUGAAACGCCGGGGAAACCACUUUCUUGGAUGCCUUAACAUGUUUGGACGUGAUCUUCACUUUGUUGCCCUUAUGUUCUUAGCUGCUGCCACUUGGUAGCAAAAAGUGAUCCUAGAACUGUCAAGAAGGGCCGAACUCAAGAAGGGCCGAACUCAAACCAAAACAAGCGGCGGCGUCGUAUCGCAGAAACAGAGCGAACAAUCAUAACACAAUGUUGCCUAGCUCUUUAGCUCCAACAGUGAUCACGCCAGGCGUGGAAGAAAGG